UGGGCCCCUGGGUGCAUGGGUGCCCGCGAGCAUGCGGGUGGGGGCACGCCAGCCACCUGGUUUGGGGCGGCUGGGCCUGGAGCGCGCACCUUCUCCGGGUGCCUCUAGGGAAGUGCAGGCAGGCCCUCGAGCGGGUGGGUCCUUGGGCCUCUAACCCAGGGUCGCCCGGGAACCCUUUCCUGGCACAGCUUUUCCCCUGGGCAGCUCGGUCAUGAAGGCUGCUCUCUGUGAUGGACAGGCUUUGUCCCCGCCAGACACUCCCUCUCGGGGGUGUUCCUGCGGCAGUGCCCAGCUGGCCUCCAGCCUUCCUCAGGCGUGUGCUGCUGGGUGAAGGUUGCCACACCCCAUUCUGCAAUGAGGGAUUUCUGAGGUGGUUGCCGUAGCCGGUGCCUGGGGGCUAAGGCCCAUGUUUAACAGUUUUCCCUUCUGACCACUUACGUUUGCCUUUCCUGUUGUUGCUGGAAGCAGAAGGGGGGCUUUGUGUGGAUACGCCAAGCAUGGUCGAGAUGGGGCCUGCCUCGGUCGUUCCCCUUGGCACACACCAGGAGGCCUGGCUCCUGUGCUGCGGCCACAUAGCAAGAGUUGGAAUCUCUGACCAAGAGACCCAGCCGUCUCUUUGGUCAGGUCAGCCUGGAGUUUCUGCAGACCCCGGAGCUUUUACUGAGUGACAUUGGUUGAUGCUGCGCGGGAACCUGGCUGCUCCUCCGAGCAGAACCGCAGCAGCAGGAACUCCUGCACUGGCCACGAGCAUUGGCCACUGACAGCGUUGGCAUCAGUUGGAGCAGGAGAGAGAACAUUAGUGUCAUCCACUGAGCACCAGGGGUCUUGGCUACCUCUAUGUUCCUGUCCUUUAUCUUGUCCCAAAACAUCUUCCCAGGGACCUUUAGGGUGAAACCAGAGCCUUCUCCAUGGUUUUUAAGGCAGACAGGCAUGCCAUUCUGGGCGUUUAGAAUGCUGACUGCGAACCUGUGUGUACGUCGUACACGAGUGCCUGCCUGUGUGUGCAUAUCCUCCCAAGUUAGGUUCGAAGUAGACUGGGAAACAGUAUGGCGAUGGAAGCGCUGGGGACACUGGUGCUGGCCGGGUCCUAGGAUGGCACGAAGGUGGGAGCGAUUGCUCAGAGGCCCCCGCCAGAGCCAGUCCCCAUGGCACCGUGAGCAAAGCCACUCCUGUUGGAAGGGGGAGGAAGUUAUUCACAGUCGUUCCAGACACCACAUUUAGUCUCCACAAAACCCUGCAAGGUGGGACUUACUCCUUUACCCUGCUUUUCAGAUUGGGGAAACUGAGGCUCAAAGAGGUUAGGCGUCCACCUGAAGGAAGAAGAAGAGCCAGGGUGGGAAGCAGGCGUCUUGCUCCCUGCUCACCCCAGGCUGGCUGCACAGGGGUCAGCUCCCAUCACUCCCUGCGAGGCCCCUUUCUUUGCGAUGGAGGGUGUGGGACACCUCCUUUCCUUGGAGGUGACCUGGUUAUUUGCCUCAGAGCCCUUCCUUCUGUUAGGGCUGGGAAGGCCAGGUGGUAGGAGGAAUUCGCUGUCGGAGUUCAGCUCUGGGUUCUUGGACAUUUCUGAGCUGUUCCAGGUCUCAGCUUUGUCACCUGCCACUUGUGGAGUGGAUGAGGAAAGGAAUCAACAGAUGCAUCACACCCCCACUCCUCUGGGUCUUUGUCAUCACUGUUCUCUGGGUCACUGCUAGCCCUGGUCACUGGGUAGCCCCCUGGUGAGGCAGGCACAGGGGGCUCUUGUCACUGAUGGCUUCUCAUUGUGCCGGGUAGGGUAUGAUGGCACCCCAGCCUCAUUCCUCCCUCUUCCUCGGGGGGCCAGGGCCUGGCUUGGUUCUUUAAGGCCUUGCUCCCUAGGAGGGUCCAGGGUAGUGGAGCUCAGCCAGAGGCUGGGUAGGCUGUCCAGAUGGGGCCUUCUUGGUGUCCUUGGACCUUCAGCUGGGUGGUUGUCUGCCCACCUACCACAGCCUUCGUAGCCAGCAGUGCACUUCCUGUCCUCCCUCUUGGGCAGCCAUGAGCGCCAGCCACCCUGAGCCCGGUGCCCGGGCACGGAGCCCCCAACCAAGAUCCCUGUCCCGGAGCUCGUCCAGCCUGCUGGGUGACGGCCGGGGACAGAGGCCAGAGCUCCGAAAGAGUGCCAGCAGCACUGUCUGGCAGGCCCAGCGGGGCGCCAGCACCAGUCCCCAGGUCCAGGAGGAAGAGGGGCACCCAGCUGAGAGCACAGAGCAGGCACAGGGCCCCGGCCCUGGGCCACAGCCUGGUGUCACAGGCCACUGGCGGAGCAGCACGGUGGGCAACAUGUCUACUGUGGAUGGUGGUGACCUGUGUCGCCUGAGGGUCCCCAGCGCCGCUGCCGUGCAGAGGAGCCACUCAGAUCUGGUCCGCCCACAGACCCGGGGCCACAGUGGGGCUCGGAGGGCCAGCCUCAGCUGCUCAGCCCUGGGCAGCUCGCCGGUCCACAGGGCACGGCUGCAGCCUGGCGGCACUUCUGGCCAGGGAGGGCAGGCCCCUGCAGGCCCGGGGAGGGACCUGGCUCCAGAGGAUGGGACGUCAAGCUCCGCCUGGACCCUGGGAGAGAGUCAGGUGUGGGUGUCGCCAGUCGACCUGGGAGGCACACCCACCCACAGCAGCAGCCCCGAGGCCAGGCCCAAAGCCACUGGGCAGUCAGCCGCCACCUCCUGCCAUGCUCUGCCCCCAGCAGCUCUACUCUGUGACAUGAGGGAGGAGGGCGCCCGAGGCUCCUGCCAUGCUCUGCCUGCCCCGGGGAUCCUGGCCUUUCCCAAACUAGUAGCAUCAGUGAGUGAGUCUGGGCUGCAGGCUCAGCGUGGCGUGAAGUUCCAGUGUGGGUUACCCGGGGGGCAUCCUGGGCAUUCCCCCUGCUGUGCCCAUCCUUGGGGUCCCACUGGCUCAGCUAUGGAGCCUGGCGCGAGGACCAAAGAUGUGUGGACCAUGACCUCAGCCAGUGACUUGGCCCCAGUGCUGGUGUCCCCUCUGUCAGCCCAGGAUGCUGGUGUGCAGGUGGCCCCCAUGGCAGUGUGCAAGGCUGUGGCCACCAGCCCGCCCCUGGAAGUCCCGGUGGCCCUGCACCCAUUCCCGGAGGUAACUCUGGGGUCCAGGCUGGAGGAGGCGCCGUCCCCGGUGCGGGAUGUGAGGUGGGAUGCUGAAGGCAUGACGUGGGAGGUGUACGGAGCUGCAGUGGACCCUGAGGUGCUUGGUGUGGCCAUUCAGAAGCACCUGGAGAUGCAGUUUGAGCAGCUGCAGCUGGCACCUGCCAGUGAGGACAGCCUGUCCUCAGAGGGCCGGAGGGGGCCGCUGCGGGCUGUCAUGCAGUCGCUGAGGCGCCCCAGCUGCUGCGGCUGCCCCAGCACAGCCCCAGAGUGAGGAGUUGUGGCCCCAAGGGCUGCCCUGCCCCCUGGACUCAGCCCCCCCUACCAGGGACAGUGGGGGCCCCAUGCCCUUUGGACCCACUGGCAGCUGUGGACAUGUCUGUGCUGUCAGCUGCCAGCAGACGUAGGACUUCAGCCUGGGGACUUGCUAGGGGCAGCUGGACUGGUUUUUAAGGGCUUGAUUCCCACGGACCACAUCUGCAUAUUGGGCGCUGAACUUUGGGGUAGUUUCAGCACCGUGUACAAGGGAGGGCCUGAUUUUUCUGUAAAAAUCAUCUCUGUCCAGUCUCUUCAGACUCUGCUGUGACUUCCCCUAGAGUCGUGGUGGCUUUACUUGAAAGCAGAGCUGAGACGAGGAGUCCUUGACAUGAAGCGAGGCCCAGGUGACGGGUCAGCUGGGUCUUUAGAGACGGGACCUGACGCUGCCAAAGGCUUCCUGUCUGCCACGCCGUUCGGCACCUGGCCUUGCUGAGCCUUCACGCAUGGAUGAAAGUGCAGACGUGUGGCCGGGCUGUGGCUGACGUCCUCGGGUUGGACGACGGAGCAGAGGCUGAGGUUCAAAGCAGGGCUGGCUGAGGCCUGGGGUCUUCCUGCAGCUCGCCAGCCAGCCAGCCAGCGAGGCGGUUGUGCACGAGUCCCUCGAGGCCAUAUUCUGUGCCAUGUCUGGGUUCCCUGGGAAGAGACAGGCUGCACGUGCCCUCGCUGCGCUCACGUGUGGAAGGGGCUCACCUCGGCACCAGGGAGCUGAGCUGUAAGAAAGGCCGCAGGUGUGUCUGAGCGUGGCUCCGUCUGUCACUGUGUCCGGGGUGGCCUCGGGAGUGGGAAAACAGGUGGCCCCUGUCCCCAAAUAUGUCACAGUCCUGAACUUGCACCAUUAUUACCUCAUUUCUUUGGUUUAAGGAUUUAUUUUCAGCUGGUGCAAUUACUCAACGAAGGGAGGGCAAGGAUGGUGGGUAGAGGAGCCUGUGGUGGGGUCUCCCACUGGUGGGAAAUGGCAGGGACUGUGAGGCUGUGGGCCUAUUUGCCCCGGUCCUGCACACCUGACCUGACAUGGGCCAGGGCUCAUGAGGGCCAGGGGAUCAUGGGAGUGGGGGAGCCCAGGUCACCAGGGCUCGACACAGAAUGACUUGACUGCCCAAGGACCUCUCCAGGCCCACGGAGGAUGGAGUGGGCUUACAGUUGAAAAUCCAAGCUCCCGAGACAGAACCUGCCAGCCCACCUUUGAGGAGCCAGGUGGCGCCCCUGGAGCCCCACCCUGGUUAGCUUGCUGCCCUGAGACAACAGGAUGGGCCUUGGGCUUCACUAGCCAGGCUGCACAGCCUCAGCCCACUGGAUGGACCGCAGCUGGAUCUGAAUUUGCCCUGGAGACACAGACCACCCUGCCUCCCACCUUGUCCCUCGUGGGGCAGUCUGGCAGUUGUUCAGGCUCUCAGGACUGGCCACCAGCUUAGUUUACAGGUCUCCUCUCAGACCCCAGAUUUCUGAUCAGACUUUCUGGGUUCCCUUCAGGCUCUGCUCUGGGAGGUGGUGGAUCUCAUUAUUUGUACAUUUCUUUUGAAUUUGAAAUAAAGUAUUGGAGGUCGGAGCUUUGCCAGGGAA